UUUAUAUUCAUCAAACAUGCUUGCAAACAACGCAUGCCGCAACCACGAAAACCUGCACACGGCAUGACCUACCGAGGACAAAUUUAAGUCAAACUCUCCGCCACUGUACUAGCCAAUCAAAGCUGAGAAAGCCCUUAAGCGCGUAAGAUAUAACACUCUAUAACGUAUAUUCUCACUCGAAAACUCGCAGAAGUAAAAGCGGGCUGAUCGAAUGCAUGCGUUGCAACGUGUUGCUACUGCUCUUGCUCUCUGCUUGUGAUGCCUUCCCAUUUGUUGCCUUAGUGCCGUUCUCAGUAGCGCUGACAGGAGUAUUAUAUAAAGAACGUAUCAGUUGUUUGUUUUAUGAAUGUUGUUCCGGAGCUGUGUCAUUUAACAAAACAGGUUUAGAGCGGUCUCUGUGGCAUGAGUUACACGGCCAACAUAUUGCGGCCGAACGCGUAUACCAUCAUAUUCUGGAUUACAUGAAUGACGGAAAUCCACAAAAGCCCCUAGCGUUAUCAUUCCAUGGCUAUACAGGUGUUGGGAAGAAUUUCGUUUCCAACAUUGUUGUGAACAAUAUCUUAAGAUUAGGCACACGCAGCCGAUUUUAUCACUUCUAUGACACAACGAUACAUUUCAAGCACGCUAGUCAAAUUUCAGAAUAUAAGGAACGUCUUUAUCGAGAGUUGCAUGCAGCUGUUUCAGAAUGCCCCACAUCAAUAUUUGUUUUUGACGAAAUGCAUAACAUGCCCCACGGGAUACUCGAUGUAUUAGCACCUUUAUUAGAGAUUCGUGAAUCAGUUGAAGGCGUUGACUUCAGAAGAUCUAUAUUUCUAUUUCUAAGUAAUGCUGGUGGCAAUUAUAUCAAUCGGCGUACCUAUGAACAUUUAGUCGGUGGAAAGAAACGAGAAGAUCUGCGUUAUACAGAUAUUGAUCGUGUUUUGGCCAAAUCAGCAUUUAAUAAUGAAGGUGGACUUCAAUACUCCGAAUUGAUUACAAAACAUCUUAUCACAGCUGUUGUACCAUUCUUGCCUUUACAACCGACUCAUGUAAGAAGUUGUAUAAAGGAUGUUGCCAAAAAGCGUAAUGUAACAUUUUCUGAAGAUAUGGUACAAUUCGUCUUGGAUGAACUUGAAUGGGCUCCAGAGGGGAGUAAAUUUUUCUCUGUUUCCGGUUGUAAGAGAGUCUAUGAAAAAGUUGGAUUUUACAUACAACAGCUUUAAAGUUUUAUUAUUACUAAAUUAUCACCACUAUUAGUACUCUUAUUAUGAUUAUCUUUGUCCUUCUGCUUUUUAUUCUCUUUUAGAUCACUUUGUACAUAGUGGUGUGUUUCUUAUCCGUUUCUUGUACUAUUUUUCUACUGUGCUUUUUUUUUUAAUUUGAGACGUCAAUGUAUCCGCUUUUCAGAUGACUUAUACAUAUUUUCAGAUGUCUUCAUUUUAUAAUUGUAUUGUGUAGACUUUGAACUGACAUUGUGAUUAAAAUGUUUACUGGUGAGAAUCUUUGUUUUUUUUUAUGUUAUUGAACAUAAAUCAAAUCAUAUGCUCAGUCAAAUUCAGAAACGGUACAUUUCUAUAUCCUAUCUAGAUGUAGUAAUACCUUUCAAAGUUGUUAGAUCUUAUUAGUAUGUAAAUAAUAGUUUAGGUGGGAUGUUUGGACAGUUCUUUUACCUUCAUCAGCUGAAAAUGCUGACAGCGAUAUUGUGUCAUUUCCUGUCAAUAAGUUAUAUGUCAUGUUUAUGUGCGAAAUAUAUGCCUAUGCAGUUGACUCUUUUUGUAUAUAUAUACCAUCAGAAUUAUGAACUUUUGUUUUAGUGUUUUUAGUAACACUGUGUUAUACAUAUGGCAUCCAGUGAUAUGCUUGAAACUUUCAAUAUUACUUCAAUCACUACUUCCUUAGUGGGAAUUAUUUAUCGUUUGCUUUUUGUUUAGUUGCAGGAAUAACACACUGACCUUUUGACAUGUCAUUGGUUAUCAGUUUUUACGGGUUUUGAAUAACACUUCAUUGAUUUCAUGUGAAUAAAGCGAAAACCUUAAAUUUCAUGUAUUACUUACUCUGCAGUUGCUUCGAAUAACUCCUCGGUACAGCAGGGCAUAAAUUUUCUCUGUGUUUUCUUCGGAUU